CAAGCAGAGGGAGGGAGAGAAACCGGGGACGUGCUAAACGUGAAUCAGCAGCUUUUUCCUCCACACGGUUUCCGACAUGAAACUGAAGCAAGUUCACACAUGGAUGGUCAAGCGAGGACUGAGUGAGUCACACUGUGAGUGAGUGGACACUGCCAGGGAGAGAGGAAAGGGUCCCACGAACACUUUCUUAAGGAUGUGGAUGAACCAGAGUUGGAUGUUGAGUGUGGCAACAAGAGGCCUAACAAGAUGUCCCCUCAUAAGGAAAGACGACACUCUGGCGAGUCUGAGCUCCGUGUUGGAGUCCUGGGUACACCAUGACGGCCAGGACAGCAUGGCGGAAUGUCCACUUAGCACACAAGUAGCCCACAGACCUUGUCCCUUCAUACCUGUUCCUAGUUCAGUGACAGCCAUUGCCACAACGAUGAGCUCAACACUUUGUCCCGUGGUAUCUAGCCCCGUGACUAAUGAGACAAUUAGUUCUAUUUGCAGCCCUGUUGGUUCAGCCUGGGACACACUCAGAUCCACAUCCAGGAGUCUUGACUUCUCUGACCGUGAUCUUGUCAGUGCUGCAGCCCAUCUACACCUUCUGGGGGAAUCCUUGUCUCUGAUUGGGCAGCAUCUUCAGGUGACAAAUAAAUCGGUUUGUGUGUCCAGUAGCUUGUCUCUGCUCUUGGACUCUCUGCUGUGCGCGCUGCCUCCGCUCAUCUGCCUCACCUCACAGAUACCAGAGCUGAGGAGCUGCACACAACACACACUGGCUACUACUCUGGAAAACAUUUCCUAUGUGAUGCCAGGGUUAUGAGUGAUGAAGACUCCUCUGCCUGUAUAUUGCUCCUUCUGAUAUGCUGAUUCUUUAGGUUAGUUUAUUUUAGGAAAAUAAUAAUAUCCAAACAAUAUUGGGUUGCACUAAGAAUAUUAUUUUUGUGUUAAUAACAGAUAUGUAGGUUUUCUUACUUAUAUUGGUCAUUAAAAUAAAAGGUGUGUUCCAACAUUGAAUAAUUUAACUUUUUUUUUUCUUUUUGUGUAAUGAUCCAACACUGUCUGAGUCACUGGACACACUGAACGUGACACUGUGGGGAGACGGUACACUUUUUCUGGAUCACAGUGAAAUUGAUCAAACACCCUCAUGAGUAAACAUGUUCUUAGAUUUAUAAUUAAAUGUAAUAUUAAUUUCAUAACACUCUGGCUAUAAAUCUUUCAUCACCCUCGCCUUCUUCAUUUCUGAUAAGUACAGAUUUGUGAGUACAAAGUGUCAAUGUGUACCAAUACACACCUGACAUGUGAAUCUCUAGUGACCUAAGACUUGACUCCACAUGAACAGAAGACAGUAGCGACAUAAAAGCAACUAAUUCAUUUCCUAUCUAAAUGCAUAGUUAUGUUGACACAUCUUGGUUAAUUUCAUUCCUCGUACAAUUAUGUGGAAGCAUAAAAAGUUCACCUUAAGCUCAAACUGGGGGGAUAUGUGCAUCCAAACCUGCCAUACUGCAAUAUAACCAUGUAACCACUGAUGCUGAGAUAAAUAUAUGCUUUGAAAUAUUGUCAUAUCCAUGUGGUUUUGUAAUUAACUAAUUGGCUAUAGGUUCUUCACUUCUAAUUAAAUGUACUAUUAUCUGAUUGCUGUAAUAAUCAGUAAAUCCAACAUCCAGCUGGGAUUUGAUUAGAUUA